AUUCCAGAGAAUCGAACGGGAGAGAAAAAUGGCCGGAGAAAUGGAAGAUCCUGUGGCAUUUUUGCGAGUUUCGGACAAACUCGCCCGUUUAGAGGAGAGUAAGUCUUUCGAAAGUAAGAAGUGGGUUUGGAUUCAGGACAAAAAGGAAUGUUUCAAGGCAGCAGAAGUUAAAAGUUCCAAAGGGGAUAUUUACGUCGUGGAGACCAACGAUGGACAGGUAUUACUGCAAUAAGCUGCUUUUAAUAGCGCAAAAUGUACAGCAGAUUUACAAGAUCUCUAUGCAGAUCACAGGAGCACCUAUGAAUUAUUACAGCCAAAUUAUAAUACUCGAUUACCAACAAUGAACUUUCUGUUUUAAGAGACUCUGUUGACUUCACCACUAAGUAUAAUACUAAAAAUGGAAUUUUUUUCGGUAGGAACUGGAAGUCAAUAAAAAUGACACAGAACAAAUGAAUCCGCCGAAAUUCGAAAAGGCCGAGGACAUGGCCAACUUGACAUAUCUCAACGAAGCCAGCGUCCUACACAACCUCAAGCAGCGAUAUUUCGCAGGGCUGAUAUAUGUAAGUACUCCGCUGCCGGCACUUGAAUUUUCUAAACACUAAAAUUAUUUUGGGAUGCCAUUUUGAGAAGAUUACUGUUAUACUGAAUGCUUACUUUAGGAUUAUCUUUUCGUAUUGCCGUGUAGCAUCGAACAUCCGUGAGUUGUAAAUGUGAAACCGGAGUAAUCAUGAAUAUUUAUUUUUGUACAUUCCUUUGUGUGCAGUUAAAGGGGUUUUCUCUGGCUUUCAUGUAGGUCUAUCUGGAGGAUAUUAUCUCUUGCUAGCUACUUUUCUCGCCAUUGCUGGCGUGAAAGAGGAAUUGUAUACAGUCGCUAUGUCAACAGAGAUUUGAGUUGUGUGAAAAUGCUACUUCAAAGAACGAUUGUCGAUUUGCAUGAAAAUCUGGGGUCGAGCGAACUAUUAAUAACAUGUCAAUUUAACUUAACGCACAAAACACGCUCCUGUCCCAGGCUUUGCGUGCUAUGAAACAAUAACCAUCAACUGUGAAAUCAACACUGGUUACAAAUGUCAUGAAAAUAUCGUUUGGGGUAUCUGCGUGUCUGCACAGUUGAGUUUUGGACUUAAAAACAAACGACAGGGCUUUUUUUGUAACAACAAUAAUGUCAUAUUGGGUUAACUACCGGGAGACAUAAGACAAGAAUAAUGUACGGUUUCGUGCCGGCGUUUUGUUCAUUUGCGAGAUGGGUGUGAAUUUAUAUCCAGAACCGAUUUCUGUUGCAAGCGUAGGGUUCAAUUUGCAAUCCUCGAAGUUUUCAUCCGUUAAAUUGAGAAAUAAAUAAGCACUCUUGUUACUACUUUCAGAAUCGACUUUCAUAUGGUGUGAUCGUUUACUUCAUAAGAGUAGAAAGUCAUUAAGCAGCGUCCGUUCGUGACAUCCACAAAGAUGGCUUUUAAACACGUUUGAAAACACAGUGAGGGGUGAUAGCAUCCUGUUCUAAGAUAAAACGGACCAUCAACGGCGAUUUUGUGUUUGUAAAUCAAAAACUCCACACUUUAUGGCACUCAUUGUACUCUUCUGUUAUUAUUUAAUAUAGACUCCCGUGCUAAGAUGAUCAAGACACCGGCCUCUUACAUGAUUAAAUCUGUUUUGAAAGUCAACUCUUUUGAAGUGCGUGUUUACGGGUCUUAAAAUUUAACCUCUUUAACUUUCCACUGUUUCCCCGCAGCCAGUUUCCAAGAAAUAAUAACACAUGUAAUGUUUUCAUUUAAUGAAACUGACUACAAUCUUGAAACUAUUCAAACCUCUUAUCUGAAAUUGACCUGCUCGACCCCAGCUUUCUUGUUCAGUGGCCUGAGGGUUGAAUAUUUUCACCAUAUAUGGUCAAGGGUGGGAUGUGAGUUUGUUAAAGACAUACUCCCUUUUCAGAGUUAAACAGUUAGGACCCUAAAAAUUGUCAAAGCUGUUGGGAAUAACUUUAAAAGAAAGCAUUUAUUUAACUUAUUUUCCUCCUGUUUUAGAGACCUUGGUGCUUUAGAGCAUGUCUGAAAAUUUGCCGCACUGCUAGUUUAGCUCAUUCUUGCUUAAACUUAUAGCAGAUUUCUUCUUUACCCAUUGGUGAACAAUAAUGUGAUACUCAUCUGACAGGAAACUCAGAAAAUGUUCUCUAUGAACGUGACACUUGACUUAAAGAGACCUGUAACCUCUCACAGAGAUGAAACUCAAACUAACCUCACAAGUUUGCAAUGACUACAACUCAAACCCAUUUCCACCUAAAUGUAUUGUAGCCGGUCUGUAACAUUUAAAAUACAAGCUUUAAUGAGUGCUAUCAACAAAGAAACAUGCCUGCAAUUUUCACAAGCUAUUUUUAACCCUUUCUUCACCAAAGUAUAUCAUAUUAUGCAUGACAAAAUACAUUUUCUUUGAUCAUUAAUUGCUGUUAUUGAAUCUUUAUAAUUUUUUAUUAAUUAAUUUACCAAGCAAGAGAUGAUUUUGAACGAUAAACUUUUUAACAGACAUAUUUUAUAAGGUCUCAAAUAUUUAUAAACCUUGAGGCUGUCUUAAAUUUUUAAAAUAAGUAGCAGAUCAUCCUAAAUAUUAUAUGGUAAACAACAUGCAUGUGUAUAGUAAGAGUUUGAGCAACAAUGAUAAUCCUUUGAAUGGCAAAAUGUGUUAAAAGAAAAUUCCAGAUUUACUCAGUACCAGUUUUAAGAAGUCCUGAAGAUGUUUAAUUUGAAUGCUCACAACAUUCAUGUAUGAUUUUCUAGAGUUGAUUAAUUGGUCUGUUUAAUAGAUAAAAUUUUUCAUAAGUUUCAUGUUCGCAAAUUUUUCCACGUACAGUUUUAUUUUACAGUGUAAAUGACCUUCAAUAGCUUAAUUAAAACCAUUUGCAUUGUGCGAGCUGCUGAGUUGUGUUACCAAGAAACAGUUGACCUUAUUACACUUGUUUCCCACAUUUCUGAUCUUCUGAUACGUGUUUUCUCAUUCAAAGCCAUUAAAUUCUCUAUUUACUACUUUACCUUUUCUGUAGACAUACUCUGGUUUGUUCUGUGUGGCCAUCAAUCCUUAUCGCAGACUUCCCAUUUACACAGAGAAGAUUGUUUUUGCAUACAGAGGAAAACGUCGCCCAGAAAUGCCUCCCCAUAUCUUCUCAAUUUGUGACAAUGCAUAUCAUGAUAUGUUGCAAGAUCGUGAGAAUCAGUCCAUGUUGAUCACGUAAGUAAAAACUAAAACGAACCACCAUCUUCCACCAUCUUCAAACAGAUAGGAUAUGUUCAAUGUGAUGAUACAUGAAGUAGUUAUUGUGACCGAGUAUAAUCCAGGUGUUGUUACAUAAAGUAAUCAGUUGCAUUGGUACCUUUUGGUAAGUGUAGCUCAUGUGAAGCCAACAUAAUAGUCUCACUUUAAUAUGUCUCGAGCUUACUCAGCUGCUUUCCCUAUUUAAGGUGUUAUCUAUAUUCUAGGUUAAGCCAACACCAACCUAGUUUGAUUUAAGGAUAAUCUGGUUUAAUCAGCGAGUGGAUUUUACUGCAACAGCUACACAAUAGAGAUGAAACCAGACAAAACAGUUUGAGUUGGUUUAUUUCAUUCCAGAAGUAAGCUUAAGCCUUGUUUGGCUGUUUUUUCAUCGGAAUAAUUAGUGUCAUCCCCAUGUUAGUCUCUCAAAUGAGUCGUAAACAAUGUUUUCAUUUUGGUUUUAGCGGAGAGUCUGGUGCAGGAAAGACAGAGAACACCAAGAAGGUUAUUCAAUAUUUGGCACAUGUGUCUGGCCAGACAAAACCUGGGGAUCAUAAGCAAGAGGUAAAUAAAUAAACAGCUGACUCAGUAAAAAAACUGAGAGGGGGGCGGGCGGGCAAGCUUAUUUUUGUGAAGCUGUGAUUGACCAUUUUUGGUGCCCGUGAAUAGUAAUGCACUGAAAAACUGUUCUGUGAAUCAUGAUUGCAAUGCACUCUGUGAAACGUGAACUGCCAAAAUCUUCUAUACUGUACACGUACAUUGAAGAUGAAGAAGUGAAAUCAAAAAUCUGGGUAAACGAUCUUAACUAGCAUCUGGCGGCGUGAAAAAACUUUUCUUUGGAGUCUUUUGAUGUAACUUAAGACUUCAGUGUGCUUAGACCCACCUACAGUUACUUCCCUAGGGAAUUAAUAGCCAUGCAGAGAUCACCCCCAAACGUGUGGCAGAGAUCAAAUAUGCUAUUUGUUUCCUGACUCGCGAAAAAUGCAAAAUUGUUGUUUGUGAACUCGUUUCUGAGACUCCCCCUUACCCCCCUCAAAAAUGUAUGCAAUUAUUAAAUACACUUUUCAUUAUUAUGAACGAAGUUCACUGGCUGGCCACAAAUGUUUACAUUCCAAUUGUUGAUGUCUGCAUUUUGAAGUUACAGUAUGUUUUAUCAAUUAUUUUAAUGUGGUGAAAACAAAAAUUAUUCCAAUAAUUUUUAUUUGCACUUUAGGGAGGUACCCUUGAAGACCAGGUUGUACAAGCCAAUCCAAUUCUGGAAGCCUAUGGAAAUGCCAAGACUGUCAGGAACAACAACUCAUCAAGAUUUGUGAGUAGUGCUUCUUUUUGAACAAAAACAGAAAAACAUAACAGGCUAUACAAUAAUGGAUGUGUCAUUUCUAUAAAUGUUUUCAACUGUUUGUUUGCUCUGGCACAUCUGAGUAAAGAUGUACAUUUUCUUUGUUUACAACUUUAGGGAAAGUUCAUUCGCUGCCACUUUGGGCCACAAGGAAAGCUUGCAGGAGCUGACAUUGAAUCUUGUAAGUCUAACAUUUUGUCUGAUCAGUGCUUUAUUUGGGCUUGUAAGAAUAGUGGACAUCACUCUGUACUAAAUAGCUACAGUAUACGUAUACUUUUGUGUAGGAUUUUGUACAAAUACAAAAAUGUGAAUCUAAAAAGACAUUGGUAACAAAACUUAUUUAGAUCUCAUUUUAACAGCUUACUGUAGUAGAAAAACGAACAAAUUAAAAAAAAAAGGAACUAGUGAGAUCAUUGUCAUCAAUUUGUUUGAAAUCUCUUUUCUCUUCUAGGUUUCAAUUAAGCAAUUCAAUUUUUUUUUUGUACUUCAGACUUGUUGGAAAAGUCCCGCGUGGUCCACCAACUGGAGGGAGAAAGAAAUUACCACAUUUUCUACCAGAUUUUGUAUGGUGCUGACAAGGCCCUGCAAGGUUUGUUGAGUUUGAAGUGAAAAGUAACAUAUUGCAUUAAGAUAUAAUGGAAUCCUAAUCAGUUUCAUGAAUCUUCAUUUGUGUGGAAACAGAAGUUUUUGGGAAGUAAGAAAAACUCACAGGUUCAAUUAUGGUGUUUAACCAUUUUGGGUCAAAAUAAUUACAAUAAAUGUAAGAGGUUUGAAAAAAUCAGAAUGCCUCUGUAGUAGAGCUUGUAAGAGCUUAGUACAUACAACAUCUUUUAAGCCAUGCCUUUUACUUUUAGAAUUGGUUAGAGUUUUAAAGUUUGUAUAUUAGUAGAGUAACAUGUGUAACAUAUAAAAAGUUCAUGAGUAUGAAAUAAUUUUCGAAGUAAUAAUACAGACAAUGGGUUUGUCGCAGCAUUGAUCAAUUUUAUUGUACGUGUUAUCAAUUAGAGGUUUUGUGAGAAGUACAUGUAAGGAUGUUUUUCCAUACUUGUCUUUUAUUUGAGAAUAUUUGCUCUUACAUUCUAGAUAGGGUUUAUUUUAUCCUUGGUACAUGCAUGUUUCUAUCUCUAAUGGAUAAUAUUUUUCUUCAUUAACUUCUUUUUGACUUCAGAUAAACUUCUCAUUGAAUCAACCAAGUCUGGAGAUUAUGAGAUCCUCAAGAAAGGUGCUGAGAGAGCUGAUGGAAUUAAUGAUGUGGAAGAAUUCAAAAUAACAGAGGUCAGUGUUUUAUUGCAAAAAGGAAAGCAGAGACUCAAAUUUACAAGAAACUUAGAUAAUCCUAGUCUGCACCACAGAUGUAUUGUAACACCAGUUAGUAAUGUGCAUGAAGCAUUGCCGAUAUCCUUGUUCUGGGCCUGCAACAGACCCAAACUACUGGAAAUGCAUUUUGAAUUUCUCUUCAACCUGACUGGCAAAUCAACAAUGGCUUUUUAACAGGCUAAUCAUGGCACGUACUCAAAUCCUGGUUAACACAGGUGGGGACCCAGAGUAAGGUUUUUGGGGCUGUUUCUCGGACAGACUUAACCAGAAGUUUAAAUCCAUCUUUGGCACAGUCUAAAGUAAUCCGAAUCCAUAAAAAUAUAUCAUCAUACAGUCAAACCUCCUGUAAAUGACCACCCAAAAUGCAAUGUUGUUUACGGGAGGUGGUCGUUAGGUUAGUAUGGAGUGGUAUAUUUAUUCUAAAAUUGAAUAAUGAAAGUUUACUUUCCCCUGCCAAUUACUGGUAGCUUUAUUGACAAAAUCAUUAGCUAUUCUAUGUGACAGUUCAUUUACAGAAUGUGCAUGAAAAUUUGUGGUUGAAAAAGUUUUACUUGUGUACUUAACUUCUUGUACAGAAAUGUCUCUAAAACAUUUGACGAACAAAAACUUAACUUCUUAAACUGAAACCUGGAAGUCUCAUGUGUAGACAAUAAUGACAGCCAAAGAAUGAAUUCCUUUUUGUUUAAUUUUUACAAUGUACUUCACUGUCUAGUAAGACCAUGUGUCUAGUGGUCGCUUACCAGAGGUUGAAAACAAUAGAAAAUUCUAAAACUGUCAACCGAAAAAGUAGUUGCAGUCACUUAUGGUAGGUGGCCGUUUAUGAGAGGUUCCAGUAUAAGGCUUUGACUGAGAACACUUUUAGUGUUUUGGGAAGGUGGUCGCUUAAGGGAGGUGGUCGCCCACAGGAGGUGGUCGCAGGUGGAGGUUCGACUCUACUUACAGAAAAGGUUCUUAUCUUUUCUUAGGAAGCUGCACAAACACUUGGUUUCACAAAUGAAGAGAAAAUGGGCAUGUACAAAAUCUGUGCUGCCUGCUUGCACUGGGGUAACUCCAAGUUCAAACAGAGGCCCAGAGAGGAGCAGGCUGAGGUGGCUGACCCGAAGGGUAGGAGUACAUUCAGUGGUGGCUAGUGCUGCUAUAAUAAAUUAUUAUUCUCCAUAAAGUUACUAUGGUUAGAAACAUAAAACUGUUGUCACAUAAAUUGUCUGGCAUUGAGAGAAAAAAAUUGACUUCCUCAAAAGUUAUUGUGACACCAACCGCUUGUGCAUUCAUUAAAUUAGUAUGACAGGUACAAACUCCAACUGGCUUGAAGCAAGUCAGUUUGUUAUUUCAAGCUUCUCCAAGUAGUUAACAUGGGCUAGCCUACUUAAUAAAAGUUACCUGGCUCGCGGCUUAAGCAGAAUUUAAACCUGUGGUGCUGGAAUUAAAAUAAGGAGUUCAACUUUAUCCAGAUGGGUGCCAAGGUUGUUAAAAGUUCUGUUUCAUUACACUGUUAUAAUGACUUGUUAUAACUCUGGGUGCGAAGAAAGUCAGUUUUACAGCUUUCCCUUCCUGCAAGCUGUAGCUAGCAAACGAACCCAAAAGGCAUUUGAACUAGCCCCCCCCCCCCCCCCCCCCCUCCAAAAAAAAAUUAUUGACCAGCAGGAUUGAUGACAGUCCUUUUGUAAUUUGAAUUACCCCAAAAAAUUUCACUUGACUGUUAGGCAUGUUAAGAACAAAAUUCACCAGCCUGCUUGCAAAUGUCAUUAACCCAGGGCAAUCCGCCAUGAACUGGGGUCAAACAAAACAAAACAAAGGAACAUUCAUUGUACCAGGAUAAUCAUUAUAGUUGAUAAUUUAUAGGUGUUCACUCAUUGUGAUUAUUAUUGAAAUUAAGUUUUCUUUCAUUAAAUCCAUUAUCACCAGAGUUGGACAAAGUUUCAUUCUUGCUGUCGAUUUCACAAACGGACUUUGGAAAGUCUCUUGUGAAGCCAAGAAUCAAAGUUGGCCGUGAAUAUGUGAACCAGGGAAGAAAUAUGCAGCAGGUAUUCUUAACGUUAGUAGUAGCUGUAAGAUACAUGUAUUAUAUGGGACGCUUUAUCUAAGUUAAAUACACUGUACUUUAAAGUAUUACCCUUAAAAUGUCUUUGAAAAUCUCCUAACUCUGAGAGCAACAUUUAUCCUAAAUCUCUUGGUCCUCAUUUGUCAAUGUUGGAGACCAUUUGAUCUUGUGGUUAUGUAAUUUCAGGAGAGAAUUUUAAAACCACAAGUAGGUCAAACAUCAGGCCUGAAUUUGUUUACAUUUGUACAAUUCUCUAUCAGGAAUACAUGUAUGUAAAAAAAAUUUUGUUGCAUAACCGAAAUCUCAUUUCACAAGCAGUUCAAACCACAUAUGGUCAAUUUGCUUUAAGCUUUUUUCCUCUGAGUUUUGGCGUGUCUUUAAGUUUUUAGGCUUGGACUACAGUGGAGUUAGUAAAGGAAAAUAAUUUCUUUUCUGUUAAGUCACUUCCAAUAAUUUCUAUAUCCAUGUGCUUGUGCUCUCUUCUUUGAAUUUUUGUCCUAUUGCUCAACUCUUGGUAAAUGCCGUCAACUUGCCAGAAACAACUAGACCAUUCUCUAGUUUGUUUAAAGCAGCAUGCCAUAAGUGCCCUCCUUCAAAAUAACCACACAUCCUUUUAGAUGAAUUUUGUAAUAAGCACCUGAGCAUUUACUUGAGGAAAUUAUUGUAAACAGUACCAGUUCACAUGUCCAAAUAAUAAGUCAAAACAUGGCUAGAACAAAGGUUUCUCUCAGUUGACAAUAAUUAAAGUAAUAAAAUAAUGUAAUAAUUACUUGCUACUUGACUUUCAGGUGUAUUACUCCAUUGGUGCCCUCAGCAAGAGCAUUUAUGAAAGAAUGUUCUUGUGGCUUGUUGAGAGAAUCAAUCAAACACUGUUAACUAAGGACAGACGUGCCUUCUUCAUUGGUGUGCUGGACAUUGCAGGCUUUGAGAUCUUCAAGGUGUGUUACACCAACAUUGAAUGGGGAGAAAAUGUACAGUGGUUGAAAGGGUUCCCAGAAAAAAAAAAUUCCUUUGACUUGCAAAUAAUUCCAUUGACUGGCAAAUUACCCUGUAUUCCCCAUCGAGGCUGAGUUGGCUUUCGCUAUCCGUUCUGUUUUCAGCUGGAAGAUCCAGAGGCCGCCAGCCUUACUGGAAAUUUUUUUGUAAAAUAAACCCUUUGCAAACUGCACAAUAUGCAACAGGUUUCUUGCUUUCUGAUUGGCUGUAUACUUAUAGUAUGGUAUAAAUAAUACAUUUUGUCCUUUCUCUCUGAGCCCUUAUUAUUUAUUAAUUAGGGCUAUGGGACAAAGGAAAUUGAGAAUAAACCUACAAUGUAGGUCAAAAAAUUUUAAAGUUCUGGAUUUUAUUUUGACCUAUUACAUGCAUGUUCAUGUGCACUCUACAUGUAAGAUAGAGCGGUUUUCACUUGACUGUCGUAAAACCAAAACCAAAGUAAAUACACUAGCCAACCAAAGGGCGUAGUAAAACCAAAACCAAAACCAAAACCAAUCCCUUUCGACAGUCAAGUGAAAACCGCUCUACUAGUUUCUGUGUGUGUGUUAGUGGUUAAUUAUGCUUUCAACCUUCUGGUUUAGAUGAACUCAUUUGAACAGCUUUGUAUCAACUUGACAAAUGAGAAACUUCAGCAGUUCUUCAACCAUCACAUGUUUAUUCUGGAACAAGAGGAGUACAAACGCGAGGGCAUUGAGUGGGAGUUCAUUAACUUUGGUCUUGACUUGGUUCCAACCAUUGAGCUCAUUGAAAAGGUACAUUGUUUACUGCCCGUUUCAAAAACAUGCAAACUCUGAAGUUCAAAAGCCAACUAAUGUUUGCGUUCUUUGCUUCCGUCAAUCAUCUUUGCGGACCUCUUAGGAAACAGGCAUUUACUUUGAUGAGUUCAAAAGUUCAUAGUUUGUGAUUUGUGAUUGGUGGAUUUCGAUUCAUUUUGUGUGCUUCUGUGUAAGGUUCACUGCUUGUGAUCAUACAUGUACAGGCUGUAGAAGAGACAAUAGUAAAGUUAGCACCUUUUUACAUACUGACGUGUUCAUUGUGGUUGGUGCUUUCCUUCUUAUCUGGACCGUCGCUUAACAUACAUUUUAUUACACUUUCAGCCCAUGGGUGUGUUUGCCAUUCUUGAAGAAGAGUGCAUUGUGCCAAAGGCAACAGACAUGACAUUCCUACAAAAGUUGCACAACCAACAUGAGGGCAAGCAUCCUAAAUAUACAAAGCCUAAAAUUUCAGGCAAAUCUGCCUCAAACCACCACUUUGAGGUUGGUCACUACGCUGGCACUGUUGGUUACAAUGUUGAUGGCUGGCUAGACAAGAACAAGGAUCCCAUCAAUGAGGCUGUGGCAACGUUGUUUGCAAAGUCUACUGAUCCUUUUAUUGCUCACCUCUUCAAGGACUAUGCCAGCGAGUGUAAGUUUAAGUCUUUGAGUUUUACUCCUAAAGUUGUGGCCAAAUUCUUGUCUUAAUUCUCCAGUCUCAAAUAAUAUAUCAUCCUUCCAAAAACAGAGUAACAAAUAUUAAUAUACUGUUAAAGAUGUUUUUAUAUGAAUUGCCAUAUGGUGGUAUUUCAUGCAUAACCUAUGCAGGGUGGUUGCAUAAAAACCGCUAGAUAAUAUGGCUGGAUAAUCACCUUGUUUGCUUGAAAAACUGAGAAAGAUAAAUAAAAUAAACUAAUAAUGGAGACCUGAAAGAUUGUAGCUUCCUCCUUUUCAAUUUGGCUAGAAGGAUGACUGUGUCAUAAGGCAUGAAAUUACAUGCAAGUCAAUCAAGUAGCAAACAUUAACACACUUUCCAAAUUGUCCAUUUCAUUUUGUUUAGGACAAAAUCAAGACAUGGGAAUACAUGUAGCCUCAGUAUGUUUCAAAUGUUUUGUCUGAGGCUGUAGCUCUUAACAGAGGCAAUUAGUGUCAAUUUACCAGCUUAUUUUUCACAUUGUGCAGUCUUUUAAUUCGGCAUGUCUUUAUCUGUAGCUCAUGCAAGAGGAAAAGGUGGCAGUUUCCAGACUGUAAGCAACAAACACAAGGUAUGAUCAUUUGUUCUUGUAUGAAAUUUGUUAUCGUUUACCUUAGCAUUAGUCUCCUGUGCAGCCAUUUUGUCUCAUCACGCAAAGCAGCAUUGCAUGACAAGACAAAAAAUGGCCGCGUGGGAAACUACCUUACUUAGCAUUAAAUGGCUCUAAUUUCAAAAUGUCAUGUUUAUUCACGUAACCAACUGAGGAAUGGCUGAGUUUGUUUCAAACAUUUCUUCCCAUGUUUUCAGUAAGACAAACCUAUAUUUAGCGGUCACCUCUAUUAAGAACACCCUACCAUAGGUCACGUGAGUGCUGCCCUCUUGAGGGAACAAAAUCACUGGGCAUGUAAGCCGUUAGUGCAAAUGCACCUGUACCUCCAGGGGUCUCCAUUUUUUUAAAAAACAGCCCUUGCAAGCUAAUUGUACUGAAAAUAAGUUGUACCUGUAUCUUUAUAAUCUAUAUCUUUAUCUUGAUGAGGCAGCGUGGCUGUGUCAAGCCAGCCUGUCAGAUUCUGGCCACUUGCUGGAUUAGUUCUCGGUUAUCCCUAGUUUAAACCCUUAUCCACACUUGUAAAAUAGCCAACUGGUUCGCUUCUAUUAUUAUCAACUGUACACUUUCCAUUACAACAGCCGUUUUUAGUGUCAUCACAUGUAGCAGACUACCUUUCUUAUUAAGGAACAACUGACUCGACUGAUGGACAUCCUGUACAGUACCUGCCCUCAUUUUGUUCAACUUUCGCAAAAGGCCUGUUUCAGCACACAUACAGUGUACCCAUAUAGUUUAUACAAUGAAAGCGACCUUAAUCAAGCAGACACAGGGCUUGUGAGCCCAAAGUGCAAAUGUAUCCCUAGGGGUCUUCAUAGUAGAAAUACAUGUAUGGCUCUUGCAAGCUAACUGUGUCCAUAUCUUCAUUAAGGAACAACUGACUCGACUGAUGGACACCCUGUACAGCACCUGCCCUCAUUUUGUUCGCUGCAUCGUCCCCAAUGAACACAAGAAGGCUGGCGUGAUUGAAUCAAGCCUUGUCUUGCACCAGCUCAGGUGUAACGGUGUGCUGGAGGGUAUUCGUAUCUGCCGAAAGGGUUUUCCCAACAGGAUUCCCUUCCAAGAAUUCCGACAAAGGUAAGCAGUGAAAAACUCUCCCGAAGCGUAGGAUGGUCGAGAAUUAGAAUUGCCACUUCUAUGACUUAGCAUGAAGUACCACGGGAACUGUUUUUUUCGCUCUCCGGAUCGUUACUGGUUUUAUUUGGGGCCAGUGGACAUUUUGUAGAGUUUUGGGUGUUUCUUGUUGUUGCAGAAACUGUUGCUUCGCCUUUGUUUUGUUUGUUUGUUUGUUUGUUUUUUUUGGCGGGGGGGGGAUAUCGUUCAGUGUCUUUUCAAUCUCCUGUAUUUCGUCAUGUGGUGAUUUUACCCGUUCGCAACAUCAGGAAAUUAUCGGCACUUUUAAAUCAGUGAAAAACAAAAGGAAUUCUCUGUACAUGGAAACGCGUAUAAUUAUGUAUAUACUAUAUGUUGUAAGUGAACAACCAAAAUUUCGUGAAUUGAAAUGCUUUGUAUUUUUGUUUGCCUGUGUUUUAAUUUAGAUACCAGAUUUUAGCACCAACUGCCGUUGCUGGUGGAUUUGUUGAUGGCAAGAAAGCUUCUGAAAUGCUUCUGGAUGCCAUGCAGCUCGAGAAAGCUUCCUACAGAGUUGGAACUAGUAAGGUAAAUACAAAUUUACGGAUAUCCGAUAAUAUUUAGCAGCGAGACCCUCAAGCAACUAUCUUGUCCAAAAGUAAUGAUCCCUAGUAGCUGAAAAAAGGAAAAAAGUUCAUAAAAAUGGUAAGUAAAACUAUCAUUUUCACUUUCUCCAACUUUUGCCAAACAGGUAUUUUUCAGAGCUGGUGUCCUUGGAGAACUGGAAGACAUGCGAGAUGAAAGGUUGGCGAAGAUCAUCUCAAUGUUCCAAGCUUACUGCAAAGGCUACUUAAUGCGCAAGGAGUACCGCAAAAUGUGUGAUCAGAGGUAAGAGCAAGUCGAAUCGUAGUCUUUUCAAGAAAACCGCUCAAACGAUAUUAAGUUGUCAUCCUCUCGCGAAAGGGAAUCGAAAAAACGCGUUUUUUGUAGCGCGGUUCGCGAAUCUCGUGUAGACGUAUACGAAAAUGAUGUAUUCGGUCAGGAACUGCGAAAUUCUUGCACAAUUGCUAGAACGUAAGUCUCUUUUCAUAUUUUUAGGCCAGUUAUAUAUUUAUUGGUUGUUUUUAAGCAAAUUUGAUAUGGGGUGUCUUUUAUGGACUUAACCACCGUCUUCCUACCUCUACACAAGGUAGUCCCUCUUGCACGAGACGAACACAAAGGGCUAAAAAAUAAUGAAUUAUUAUCCCUCUUCUAUCUUCAGAAUUGGAAUCGCCGUCAUCCAGCGUAACGUGAGAAAGUAUCUGUUCUUGAGAAACUGGUCUUGGUGGAGACUCUACACAAAGGUACAAAAAAAACACACUCAUUAAAAAAAAAUACCCAUCCUUACACUUUCACAACGUUUUGUGCUACAAUCAAUCGAAUAAAGUUUGAUUCCCGGUCAAGCCUGAAUUUUUUCAGGUUCUUUUUCACAAUCCGCUCAGGUUGUUCAUUCUACUUCAAAGAUCAUGUUCACUUUCUUAUCAAAUCUUAUUCGGCAUAGAAUUUGAGACGUCAUUAACAAAACUAUCCUGCUUAAAAUAGAAUGUUAUGAAAUCGUGCUUCUUUGCUUGGUUGCUCUUGCAUACCAGGCUGUUUCAGCUUCCUUUUUCUUGAAGUCUUUGCCUAUUUUCAGCCGUUCUCGAUUUAAUCUUAUUCCUCUCUGAAUAUUUUUGUUACCCCAGGUCAAACCUCUACUCAACAUCGCUCGUGCUGACGAGGAAAUGAGGGAAAAGGCAGAAGAGGUAAUAUAUUUUUUUUAGCUGAACGAGUCGAAACUAAAGAAACUUUCAAUUUUCUCAGUCACAAGAAUUUGCAAAUACGUCGUAAAUAUGCAUAAAACUCCCUACUAUUUUGUUUCCGUAAGUGCCGAAGUCAAAGUGAGUGAUACAGUAUAGCUGAGUUAAAAUACUGAAAAACACAAAUACUGUUGUACCUGGGGAAAGUAAGAUCGGAUAGGUUUCAAAUCGCAGGAUUUCUUCCACCGAAUUAAAAGUAGUAACCUGCAUUGACUCCGGAAGUGAGAAAGUUCAGAAGUGAAACUUGUCUGACGCGAAUCCAGUGACGGACGAGCUCAUGGUACAAGGUUUUUGUCCACUGAAAGUUGAAAUUACUCAGUUUCCUAAUGGAUUCCAUCUUAAAGUAAGCAUACCGCACGCGACAAAGUCGUCAUCACCUUCCACGCUUUCGUAUCCUUCGUGCGAUAUUUCAGUUAUUUCACACCGCAACAGGUCCUCUAACACACAGUCCGACGUACUUAACUGGUCCUAUUGUCUGUCCAAAAUCGGUCCCAAAAUUUACUUCGUAACCGUUUCUAGUCAGAUGAUAUGCAAUGUUAAAAUGCCUUAGAAUCAACGGUGACAGAUACUGUCAGGUCUUGUUUCUGAAUAAACCAAAAGCAAAACUAAAUACAAACAAAUUUUAUUUCCUAGGGUAUUUAAUAAAAUAACAAGGAUAUCGCUUAACACUCCUCUGGGUUACCUUAUCACUCAACAGUUCUAUAAAGUGCAUGUGCUGAAGAGGAAUUUUAAUCCCUUUUUAAAAUCUGUGCUCGUAACCAACUACUCGAGAGCUAAAAGUACGUCAAAACCCUUAAAGGCGAAGUUAAGACAGGUUAUUUUUUUGUUUUCUGAAAUUGGGAAGUUAGCCGGAUUUCGUGACAUCGUGUUUAAAUCAGCGAAAGCGCCAGGCUUAUCUGAUCGUUUUGGUAUAUUAUUUCUUCUGUUAUUUAGCUCAAGAAGCUACAGGAGCGAUUUGGAAAGGAAGAAGAGCUGCGUAAAGAACUGGAAGAGAAGCUCACAAAACUGAUGGAAGAAAAGAAUGAGCUGUUCCAGAAUCUCCAAAGUGUAAGGAAUAUUAAUUUUAGUGUCCUUUAUUUUACAAAUCAGGAACAUUUAAUUAACCUUGAAAAAUAGUCGCAAAGAAUGAAAACAGACACUUCUACAAGGCCACUUAGUCAUGUAGAUGUACUUUGAAAUAGUUUAAGUCAGUCACUUAGUUUCCAGAAUUGGCCACAGCAGAAAAUGUCGCUAGUAAUUAAAGAGCGUGCAUUUUGACUCUUGCGUUUGCUAGUCGUUGCUAAGCGAGUUCUCUGUCAAUUUAGUCUUCAAUUUGAAAUUACAGUCACUGCCGUGAUUUUUCUGCGUCGCUCUCAUGUCCCCAGUUGAUAAGGCUCGCAUUUUAUGAAUUGCCAGACAUCAAAUAACCUUAAUUUCUUUUCAGAAUACCAAACAACCACCCAGAGAGUCAGAUUAGAACAAAGCGGGCUUUUUUUGCUUUAAGUGAGGAUUCUAUGAUUUCGGGCGGAUAUCCUAUCCUAUACUGCUGUUGUCUUUAAAUUCUCGGACCUCAUGAGUGAUUAAAAGGAAGUUUAUAGAGACCUGAGUUAGGGGAAAUACGCAUUGCCUGCAUGCUUAGCAGGCGCCGUUUACUUUUUAAGGACGAAGGGACAAAUUUUCGGGAGCGCGCGUGCUCCCUUCUCCACUUAGCUUGUUCCCCUCGCGCGCCGCGCCUGCCACGCAGGCUAAAUGAACAUUCGAAAUUUGUGUGUCACAGGAGCAAGACGCUUGUGCUGAUGCUGAAGACAGAGCAGCUCAGUUUCAGAAAGAAAAGGAGAAACUUGAGGAACAAGUUAAGGUAAGGCGAGAAAAUAAAUAAAUACACAAUUGUUUAAUUUUGAAGCCACAAAGCAUAAUAUUUCCUGUAAACAAAAUAAAAACACUAUUGCCGAUAUGGAAUACCAGCACAGAUCUUAUCAAGAAGUGCUUUUUGACGUUUACUUUUAAAUAGCAGCUUACUUAAAAUAUCAGGUUCUAACGGUGAUUUUCAAGGGCAAGACUCCAAAUUAGACAGGAUUUAAACUGUAGUGUUGAUCUGGAGAUCUGUUCCUUAUACCGUAACUCAAUUUUCGGUUGUAAGGGAAUAAAAGGCCGUUUUAGAAGUUGAUCACUUUACGUUAAACUUUUCAUGGGACGAACCAAACUCUCUAAUUUGGGUCGACCUAUAUAAAGUUAAAAUCGUCUGUUGGGUCAGACAUCAAACUUAGGACGCGUCGAACCAAUCAACACAAUAAGACCAAAACUCACUUUAAGCUGAACGAAGCUUAGUAUGUUGUUUAGUUUAGUUCGUAUGUUAAGACUCGACCUUUGUCGCGGAGACAAUCUUCAGACGUUCCAUCCGUCUGAAGCAUAGAACGUGUUGGACGAUCCAAACUCAUUUAGACCAACUUAACUGAGCCAGACGUCGAACUUUUUGUGAAAUUAACUCACUAAGUUUGGUUCGUCUCAUGAAAAGUUCGACUUUUGGUGUAGGCCUUAAGUUACGUUCACACUGGACGAAUUUUCGACUGCUUGAAAAUUCGUGCGUCUCUUUGCUGCGUUCCCACGGAACCACCUUAACCGUUAAAAAAUUCAGACGCCUAAUCUUUCAAAAACUAUGACUAUAACGCCAUUAUCGAGGUCAAAUGUUUAGCUGGUACAGCCAUUUUUGACUGGCGCGGUGUGAACGCCUUAACUAUCUAAGAAUGGCUGCGAUGAGUAGUGCCGAAUCUAACCUCAAAGAAAUGUAGUAGUCUCUAUUGUUUAAGCUCAUAAGCUUUGGAUCUGGGACACGUUAAUUUGGACGUCUGAGAGCAACUUUUAGCGUAAGCCUUUUCAUGAAACUUUCCAUAAGCCUUUGGUGUCUUCGCCUGAAAAUUUCUUAUGCCUACCAAAUGGGCCUUGCUAUUUGAGAGCAUUUUAAUCCAUUUUUCAGGGUUGAACAUUAAAGUGCUUUGCUUUUUUUACAGGAUCUCUCCGAACAGCUUGACGAUGAAGAAGAAAACAGCGCUGAAAUGGCAGAGACGAAGAAAAAAAUGGAAGGGGAAAUUGAUGAUCUCAAACAAGACGUGGAAGACCUAGAAUCCGCUCUUAAAAAGGUGUGACAGCUUGGUUAUUAACUGGUUAAACUCUUAUCAGUUUUGGGCUGGGAGUGAUGUUGGAGUCAAUUCGAAAGUGCUCAUGUAGUUAACCUGCGAAAACAGCCCUCUCUCUCCUCGCCACUCACCGCCAGCGGUAAGGAGCGAGAAGAGAGGGCUGUUUUCGCAGGCUAUAAUGUAGUGGAUCAGCUGGAGGACAUAUUUGUUUAACCUGCGAUUCAUUUCUAGUACUUUCAGUUUCCAGAGCGCUCUCUAUAUUGUUCGUUCUAUUAUCUCGCGAAAUUAAGGGGGUAAAACUCGACUCUGGCAUGUACGAAACAGAUCAAUGGGUGUAAUAGACUCCGCCCACCUUUCCUCCCUCGCCCUACCCCAUCAAAAUGGCGGCCAUUGUUUGAUUUCUGUGUUAUUCGUUUUCAGGCUGAAUCAGAUAUCGCAGCAAAAGAGAAAAACGCCGAACAGCUUCAAGAUGAGCUGGCCGCUCAAGAUGAAUCAAUAUCUAAAUUAUCAAAGGAAAAGAAAAAUCUUGAGGAGGCAAAACAGGUUAGUAAUCCAGAGAACAUCGGCCAAACUGGAGAAAGCGAGCGUGAAAGUGAGGUAUCUUAGGGCCCAAAUAUUCCUCUUAGCUCCUCCCCAAUUUUUCUCUAGUCAAGUGUUCAGUAAGAACCCUUCUUUGUUCCACGCAGUGUACAAGAAAAAGAUUGCUUGUUUAGCCUUAGCCAUUUGGGGUUUUUCGCGGGAAGUCCAGCGGGAGCGGGACACGAAAAGGAGACGCUUUCUCUUGUUGUCCACUUCGCUUACCAAUCGAAAUGGAGAGUUUGCUAGCAGGCUUAUCUUCUCAUCUCAUGAUUUGAUAAAUUGCCAACCUGAAACUGACCUUUGCCGUUUACUGUAAACGUGAUUCUAUUCUAUUCUCAAGUGUUCGUGCUACGUACUAGACUUUCUAAAAGUUUUUUAUUAAAUUUUCUCCUCUCAUUUUGAAGCUCGCUUUGCUCGCUUUUAAGGACUAAUGCCCGGUCGGCUUGCUGCAAGUCCAGCUACAUAAGUGAGGGAAUCAAUUCUUGUUUUUCCAGGAACUUGAAGACCAGCUUCAAGAAGAGGAAAACAAAGUGAACCAUUUAAAUAAAUUAAAGGGGAAACUGGAGGGAGAGAUAGAUGAGGUAGGUGAAAGGAAUUGAUUUGUUAAAAAGUGAAGGCGUGGUAGUGUAAUGUGAAACAUGCCAGAUUCCGGAUUCCAUCUAGAUCGGGCUCGAGCUUUUAUCCUGUGGUUAUUUCUGUAGACAAAAUGAUUUGUUUCUCAUUGUCUCUCUUAACUUAGGUUUAUACAAUGGUAACCGGAUGUAUCAUGUCCGGGAUGAUCCUGUUAUGGACUAUCUCCAGGGCAUAGUAACAACACCCUUUAUCCCCCGGGUCUGAGUUAACCCCAGGUCUUUAAAGAGUUAAAGCAACGACGACGGUGGUGGAACGUCUCUGUAAAAGUAAAUUCACGCUGUUUCAAAAUUCAUCGCUCGUAUUCCGUGUCGUUAAAUUUGUAAAAUUGUUGGAUUCUUGAAUUCUAAAGGACUCUAUCUUAAGGCCUGUUUACAUAGAGGUGGGUGAGCCCGGGAAGGUGAGGCAACCCUUUCAGGUAGGGUGAAAAAAUAACCCGCGUUUACAUGCAAUCUUAAAACCCCGCCAUCCCGGGGUGCACUUUCUCAAAACAGGAAUGGUCGCUAAGCAUGUAAACAAAAAAAAAUGGUGGACAAACGACGUGUUUUGGCGAUUAAUGCUCUUCUAGUCUCACUUACUGCUCUUGAUGCAACCUAUCAGUGCUGUGGCUGAUAUCAAAGCCUCCACCAAAGGCAGAUGGCACGAAUUUGAUUUAACACGAAUCCGAACCCGGCUGAGGGUUGCUUGGCCAGACCGAGCAACCCGCCUCGGCGGGUCACCCUACUCAGCCCACCUAUCAUAUAAGCGUGAUCAAAUUAAAAUGAGAGGUCUUAUGGACAGGCGGGUUACCGGUCCCCCACCUCCAUGACAAUAGGCCCUUUAAUACUAUUGCUUUUUUGCCGUUUUCGUUGCCAUCGUCGUUGCCAUUACUUAAGCUUCCUAUUUUUGCCAUUUGGGAGACUUCACAAAACUCAUGAGUUCUUAUUGUGGGUCGUAACAGCUAACGCCAGAUGUUUGCAGUUAUUUGGGACAUUGUAUUUUAUGAAACUAGCCCGUGGAGACGGAAAGAAGAGUGGCAACAAGGUUAAACUUAAGUGGCUUAACCUUAAUGUUCGUGAUAGAACCACCUUAAAAUACUGGCAUAGUAACCACAAGUUUAGCUAUAGUAGUUCCCGACGUUCAGACGAUAGGGAUUUUGCGAGCGUAGCGGAAGAAAAAGCAAGAAAUAGGCUACCCCUAGCACAAAAAGGUAGCGUGACUACAACAAAUGCUUGUUGUGUGUUGCAUUGCAGAUAGCAGACAAUUUGGAAAGAGAGAAGAAAUCCCGUGCAGAUGUCGAAAAAGUUAAAAGGAAACUCGAAGGAGACCUUAAGGCGAGUAACUUUUAAACUCCUAAUUAAGAGCGCCAUAAUUAGAAUUCAAAGGAGUUCCUAGUCAUAAAUACCAAAAAACCGGACGGUACCUUACAAUUUUGACCAAGGGAAGCCUUGACUUAACCUCUGAAGUGACGAACAUCAAUAUUCUCCCAACAAUAUCAAAAUACAAUCAAGAGAGAGAGAGAGAAUUAUGAGAAUUAAUAAAAUGAUCAUCUUGGAGAAUUAAUUUAUAAAGAAAAUACAAGGGAAAUUAAUGUUUAAUGAGUGUUUAGAAAUCAGAUGAAAAACUGCUUAUUUUUGCAUCCUUAAUUUCUCCCUCUAUAAUCAUGAAGUAGUAUCGAGCAUUCGACACAGUGUUUCAUCACCAAAUAAAACAUCGCGAAUUUCGUCCAAAAUACUCCGCUGCGCGUUGUAUUUUUAACCCUCUUCUCGGUGUUUCAUCUGGUGAUGAAACACUGCGUCUCAUGCUUUAUAUGUUAGUUACCAAAUUCUCGCAACCAAUUCUUUAAGUAAAUGUCUGGAGAUCAGUCGGGAGAAUUUGAAUGUUGGGACUUAAAGAGAUAAAUCUCUACUUAUAGACCACUUUAUGGCGAGAUCAUUAGUCAAUCAGGCUGACUUUUGAAUCUGUGGGCAAAAUUCUAUGGUGGGAAACUGGUCGUCAUGAUACGAAGUCGUUUCGAUACGACCUCAAGCACUGAAAUUAUACAAAAAAAUUUCGAUCACUCCGAUUAUAGUUUGCGCGUCGUGAACAAAGAAAACAUUUGGGGUGACGAUUCAUCGUUCCGUAAGCCAACUAGUCACACCUCGACUGAUUAAACUUGUAUCGAAACGAGCGGUAAACCCAUGGUGUCACCGCUGAAAUGAAACAUCUGUAGGCGAACUUUUACAUAGUACUAUUUAUUUCUUAGGAUUUUACAAAACGAAAUCUGAUUUUUUUUGGUGAAUUUUUUAUUUGGCCAUUGUUAGGGGUGAAAGUGUAAGGUUCAAUUAGUAAAUUUAUGGAAGUCAACUUCAAACCAAGGGUGACGUAAAUUGGAAGAGUUACUAAUCGUUAUUUACUAAUUUAUAAGUAUAAUAAAUAUACCGACUCUAUUUUUCAUUAUUUUUGUGUAUUAGAUGACCCAAGACAACCUGGAAGAUGUGAAGGGUGAAAAAUCGCGCCUUGAAGACGAUUUGCGCAAGUAAAUGUCUCGUUUUUUCCAGUGUCUUUUGUCUGAUUAACUUCUAAAGGUUUUAUAAAUUAAACUUACCAUUGUGUCUGAUUAUGCCCGCAGGAAAGAGCAAGAACUCAACGAAAGCAAUGGCAACAACGAGAAUCUUCUUGCGCAGAUCGAUUCCCUUAAAAAGAAGAUCAGGGAGUUAGAAGUAUGUUUCUCGGCCCCUUUUCUUCCAGCCUGUAUCUUGUAUGCCCAUGGCGGCGUAUAGCCGUCGCAUUUGCCCGUUGCAAUCAGUGUUGCAUGUAUUCUCACGAAACAACAUAGCAUCUGCGGUAGAAAAUACCCCUUGGAAACCCCUGGAAAUGCCAUUUCUGAGACUCUGAAUUUCAAAAUGUCCCUAGAUGCCUCGGCCCCCAAGAACUUGUGCCUUUGGUGCGAGUUCCACUAAUGCCGUCUACUAUUCAUUAUCAGCCUGGUACUCGAAAACUUUUUGACCGCCGAUUACCAUUAAGGUAUACACCCUUAAUUAAGCGGGUGCUUAAUUUCAGAGUAAAUCUGAUUUGAAGAGAAUCUCACGCUUUAAUGGGUCAUUACUCAUGACUUUGGGACAAUGCUAGAUAAAAAAUUUCAGUUAACCCUCUAAGUCCCAAUAGAGACCAAUGUCAAUUUCCUCCUAACGAUAUCCAUACAUUGUCAAGAGAUUAGGUUGUUAUAAUUAAUAAAAUGAUCACUAAAGAAAAAAAUGCCUUGGGCCCGGUUCCUUGGAAGAUGGUUAAGUUUAACCCAGGAUUAAGCCACAUUGCAAGCAACGUUUUCUUGUCUAAGAACAUGCAACUCAAGGUUACAAAAUACUGAUGAGCCUUUACUACGAGACAGUAAUGAUAACACAGAAUGGUACCCUAAGAAAUGCAUAAGAAUGUAAAAUACAAAAACGGAACAAAAUUUAAAUCCUGGAUUCACGCUAAUCGGCCUUCAGGAACCGGGCCUUGCCAGAUCAUUUAUCAAAUUCUGUCAACACAAUCUUUAAGAAAAUGUAUGGAGAUCAGUUUGGAGAAUUUGUAUGUGGAUAUUGGAUAUUAAAGGGUUGAAGUUUUAGUUACAAUUCUAAUGCAAGUGCACUCCUGGCUCCGCCGGUUCAAACGCUGAAUAGCGCUCUCCAUCGGAUAAAUUACUACUCAGCGGAUAAAUAUUAGGGAAACCAAUUGCCCUAUCCGCUGGAUAGAGAUUUAUCCAUUGGAUAGCGUUAUCCAUCUUUCGAACAACUAGGCCCAGUUCAUUAGGCAAUGAAACCUUCUAGAAAGCUUUAACCAACUGUAAUGUUGUUUGUGCUCGUCACGUUGUGGCCUUAUUAAUUGGGUUUGACAGUCUUCUAUUUUCGGUCAAGUCCUUUGCGAGAUUUUCUUUGUGAGGUUUUUUUUUUCUGGCUGAAUUUUAAUGAAUCAUUAACUAAACAGUUAAAAAACCCUCUAAUAUGCAGUUAUGUAGUUAUGCAUUCUUUCAAAGUCACGAGGUGGUAAUUCUGUCGCUGUACCGAGCGAAUGAAUAGGCGCGGUGUUUAGUGCACUUCUGCGCUGACAUUUAGAGAGUUUUCGGUUAUCUUCUUUUGAAUUUAACCGCUUUAAAACAUGUGGGCAGCAGAAUGUGACAAGUACAAUUUCUUUGACUCUCCGGUCAAGGAAUCGGCUGAAUUGGCUGUAAGUAGAUCGAUCUUCUAUGUCGCGUGUAAGAUAAGGAGAUUUAACGCAUUCCAGGCAAUUUACACCACUCUGUAAAUGUGCCCCUGUGUUUAUAGGCGGCACAAGCCUGAGUUUAAAGAUGCCAAGGCAAAAGCCAUUCGCAGUUACCAGAAGGACAGUGAAUUUUACAGUGCACGCUCAUUUAGUAUUUGGUCGGAGUAGCCCAUUGUAUUAUGUUUGAUGUAAAGUGUUAUGACCUCAGCAGCCUGUUAACAAGGUGUGUUUCAACGACAGUUGUAUUCGUUUAACUGACAUCUGUAUCUCUCUCUUUAUUUUUAUAGGCCAAAGUCGAGGAACUCGAAGAAGAACUUGAAAUUGAGAAAAAUGCGCGAGCCAAGGUGCGAAGCAAUUUUUUUAGUAGUUAAUUGCCAGGUGUUGUAAUAUUUUGCUAUGAGUCUGUGCCAACAUGUCUGGAUGCAGGCCGACAACACAAACUGUUUACCGACUGAACAACUGAUUUGAAUUUGAAUAACAUUUUUCUCGCUUUUGCAAACACCGGAUUACGCAAUUACGACCUUACGCUAAUUUAAAUAAUUCUGGGAAUUCUGCGUUCAUUUAGCGUUACUAGACAUCUUUGACCAUAGAUUAAAACUUUCCAUCGAAGAGUCCUUUUAAAAAUGCGCCUUUUGUUAAGCAACGUAAAAUUUGGUGGCAUCUUCAAUUGUGAUCUGGACAAAGUUGUUGUGAUUUCACUCCCACUAGACGAAGUCAAGGCGAGAUUAACGGUCACUCUCACGUUUUGAAAAUUUGUGGAUAAAAUCCCAUGGUGCUAAACCGGCUUCCUUAGCUAUAAAUAGUACUAUUUAUGUCUCAGAAUUUUACCCCACAAAAUGGGAAUUUUUCGUGCAGUUUUUUCUUUCGGCCACUUUAAGAAGUGAAGGGUUCUUGAGAAGGGAACUUUUGUACUAAUGUACUCCAAUAAUUUAUGGACACACACGGGUUUUUCUAACAGGCGCUCAAUUAAAAGGACUGCGAAAUAUUCCAAUAAAACCUCUUCAUCAGUAUUUUCCAAUGGUACGAUAUGUUUUUUUCUGAAAUUUCAAAAGAGAUGGUUAAAUGAAAUUUAUCGAUCUCUUGUGUGAUCUAAGGUGAUAAAGUCGCGUGCCGGUGUUUGUGGGGGCUUCAUCUUUGUUUCCAAUUAACCCUUUAUGAGUUUUCAUGUAGUACCGGAAGUAUCUUACAAUUCUCAAAGAACGUGUUCACAUGCUGGUAUUAAAUGUUGACAGUUUUAAAUCCUUGUCACUGUCAGAAGGAAUGAUGAAGUUUUGUAAGGCGAUCCUAACUUUUGAGUCUGUGGACGAAAUUCUAUGAUGUGACCAUUCCAAUGAAAUCUCAACGGCAUUUCUGUAACGUGGUGCUAUUUUACAUAAUGAAAUUUGGCAGUUUUGCCCAAAUUUGCCUUUGGCCAAAAAGGGUUAAAAAUUCGUAUGAUUUGGUUUGAUUUUUAUUAUCACUUUGCUGACUUUACCCUCUGGGUCUAAAAACCCGAAUGCUUGUAACAACCUUGUCACGUAUAAAUUAUCUCCAAUACAAUUUUUUGAUGAUAUAAUUCAUUGCGUAGGCUAGUUCAAUGUAUCAGUUGGGAUGCUAAUGCCAACCACAGUAAAAUUCAAGUCAUUCAUUGUAUGAAUCGUUUGUGAAAUAACUGAAAUUUGUCAUAAUAUACGAAUAUUGAAAGAUUUUCAUACUCACUCCCCAGGAUACCCAGGCUAUCAGGUGCUCAGUUUAAUUUGCUAAGUUUUCAAUCUGUUCUGAAACAGGCUGAGCGCGCUCGAAUGGAGCUUGAGAGGGAGUUAGACGACUUAAAUGAACGCUUGGAAGAACAAGGCGGCGCCACCCAAGCACAGGUAAAAAAAGUGGCUUUACGGGGGCAGUCUGCGUGGUAAGAGGAAUCAGGGGCGGAUCCAGGAUUUUUUUUAGGAGGGGGUGCACUGGUCUCUUGCUCUACUUCAACACCAAUAAACCACAUAAUUGUUUUUUUUGCAGAAUACCAGUUGUAUUAGAAAACAGCAGGUCAUCUCAGGGGGGGGGGGGGGGGGCCCCCCCCCCGCCCCCCCCCCCCAAUCCCCCCCCGGGGAAUAAGGGGGAGGGGGGGGGGUUCCUUUUCCCCCCCCCCCCCCCCCUUUCUCCACUUUUUUUUUUUUUUUUUCCCUCCACACUUUCCCCGCCUUUUUUUCCCCCCCCCCCCCCCCCCCUUUUCUCUCGCCCCUUUUUUCCGCCGCGUUUUUCAAUUGCCAUCAUGGAUCGAAUCAAGGCUAUUUCUAAAGCGGGGUUAGACGCACCCAUUCCAUCAAUCAUAAUCGAUCAACCCGCUCCUUCUAUGACAAGAAGAGAGUGGUUAGGAAAUCCCAUUAUACGAUCGAGGGGGGGGGGGUCGCGAACACCCUGCACCCUCCCCCUAGAUCCGCCCCUGGGAAUGAAGGGGAAGGGGGAGGGUUUCCUUUUCCCCCCACUCCCUCCCUUUUCUUCCAUUUUUUUUUUUCGUUCUCGCUACAAGCUUUGCGCAGUCUUUCUUCCCCACCCCCUGCCCGCUCUUUUGCUCGCGCCAUUUUUCGCGCGGUCUUUGACUCAAGUUCCUCAUUCUUUGCUCCGAAACCGAACGGAAACGCUUGCUAUGCAGGUUAGCGUUGUUUCGGCAGCUUGUGCAGAAGGAACGUGAUUUGGUUAUCCUGUUUAUCGUAUCUUAAUGAUGUUAAACUCUAUAAUGGAGGUCAAAAGCGCUGGGACCUUUCCAGUGAUAUUAGUAAAAGUAGUGACCCCUCCCCUCCCACCCAAACAAAGUUGAAUUUUGAGUAAAAUGGAUGGAAAUGAGUGCUUUUUUGGCCAAAACAUUACUGCGGGGAGUGGGGGACCACAGGAUGAACCCAAAGCCGAUAAAAAAUUGUCUUUAGGAGCAGAGUCCUACCUAACAAUUACAUGGAAGGGCUUUUUCGCACAGUCACAAGUUAUUUUGUCCUCCAUUGUAAUUUUUGGGCUGAGUGAUUAAUUUAUCAUCCAUCAUUCUAUCGUUUGUCCUUAUCAGCUAUGCCUCGCCUUAUAUUUCGGCACGUUAAUUUUUUUGCUUUUCUCAGAUGGAACUCAACAAGAAACGCGAAACUGACAUCACAAAACUCCGACGAGAACUCGAAGAACAGGCCUCCCAACACGAACAAUCCGUCAACAGUAUGCGAGCGAAACAAAAUGCGGCCUUGCAAGAACUUCAGGAGGAUUUAGAUUCGUUGAAGAAAACAAAAUCGAAGUGAGUGUUUGGUGUUACCGAAGAGAUGACAAGAAAGGCUCUAACCUUUUUCACGGUGACUUUCCUAUUUUCGCAACCAACAUGUCAUUUAAUUCUGUUUUCAGAAUCGAGAAGGAGAAGAACGCUCUGCAAAGUGAUAAUGAUGAACUUGUGGGAAACCUAGAGACACUGGAAAAACAGAAGGUAGCGUUGCUUCUUAAAGGUGAUGUUAUACGAGACGAUUCGCAACGACGAUAGCAUUACAACAUUGUUGCAACAUUGUUCAAUAUUGCAACGCUGUGUGUGUUGCAUUUAAAAUCGUCGUUGCGAAUCGUCUCCUGUAAUAUCGCACCUUAAACCUAUACGAAAAGAAAACGGUGGUAAAGCAAGGGUGUCUAAAUUUAUUAUUACAGUCGAACCCCGCUACUUCGAAGUCCUAAGGGAAAUGAAAAAAAGUUCGAAAUAGCGGGGCUUCGAAAUAACCGGGGAAGCGUAAAAGGGGAAGGGUAAAUCCAAGAGCAUUCGAUCUUCCUUCGAAAUAGCGGGGACUUCGAAUUAACCGAGUUCGACAUAGCGAGGUUCGACUGUAUUUAUUUAUUUAUUUAUUUAUUUCUACUUUUCUUCCACAAUUGCUAUGAACCCUGCAAUUUAUUAUAAGAGGGGAGGUUAUCUUCAACUCAAAGCUUAGUGUAUUUCGACUUCUGAUGUUGCGUUAAUCGUGGACGCGGUUGUUUUCAUGUACGAUACUUUGAAAACGGAUCUCUAGAUCUCUCUGUUCUUGUUUUCAGAUCCAGUGGGACAAACAGAACCGCCAUCUCGAAGAACAGCUCUCUGAGCACAGAUACCAGGUAAAUGCACGUCACCAGUUAAGGAGAAGUAGGGAGAAACACUCGACUACAGGUUUCAACCUACACUUCUUCUACACUGCCUUGGCCGGCUUCCUGUGCGCUUAUCAGCAGAACAGAGCUCAAUGAAGGUUUCUUAAUUUGUUAAUUAUUAAUUAUUUGAUUCGUAGGUGGACGAUUUGAAGAAACAGGUUGGAGAUUUGUCGGUCGUUAACUCUCGUCUUGAUAAGGAGGUCGCGGAUCUUGGAUCCAAACUCGAGGAGAGUGAAUCCAAAUUUGGAAGUCUUACGAAAGCAAAGAAAGGUCAAGACCAGACAGUCGAAGAACUUAAGAGAAACAUUGAAGAUGAGACAAGAGUAAGUGGUUGUUUCUCAUUAAAAAACCGUUUGCUGAAAAUCUGGUUGGAAAGUGAACUGAACACGAAUCGCAGCGGAAAAUUUCCGGGAGCAACGGAAUGUAAAAUGAAGUCCUGUUUUUCUGGACGGAAUGUUCCAAACGGUAAUCUGUGUUCCAUUUCUUCAAAGCCGUCUUUCAGCUUUCGCGGUCUUUUUUAAGUAAAUGGAACUGACUUAUGUAAAUAAUAAAUUUAAGCGAUUCCGGGACGCAGUUCACCAGUCCUGAAUUUUGCUUUGCCCAAACCGUGAACCGAUAGUUUGUCUAUGUAAAUGGUAAACGGCCAGUGUUACCAAUUUGUUUUGAGAUAAGUGGUUCGGAAAGCUUGUAUCACAAAGUGGUGACAGCCGUUAAUUACCGUGCGUUGUUCUUUUCGUUAGCUUAAACUCGACGCCCAGAGCAAACUCAAGAAUGCCGAAGCAGAACUCGACAACAUGCAGGAACAGAUCGAGGAGCUAGAGGACGGCAAAGCUGAUCUGCAGAAACAGCUUACGAGAGCCAACGCAGAGCUCUCUCAGAUGAAAGCCAAGUUUGAACAGGAAGUGUCUGGCAGGCUAGAGGAACUAGAGGACGCUAAGUAAGCACCAACAGACACUUUUCACGUCCGUAUAUUUCUAAUUGCAUCGUGUCUGUGGUUGAUUCAAUUUAGACUACCAGCCGUUAGACUAUCUGCUCACAACCGUAGCCCUGUCACCCCUAGAGGUGGCCAAUUACCUUGUAAACUGAAGAGGUUUCAUUUAAAAGGUCACGCUAUAGGAUUUCAUCCCUUGACUCAAAAGUUAAAACUACAUACUAAAUAAAUAGUAGCAUGUGAAAGUACUGUUGACGAGGUUUCAUUUGAAUGGCCACACUAUAGGAUUUCGCCCACAGACUUAAAAGUUAGAAUCAUCAGUGGAAGGGCGAUAAAUUACUAUUGAAGUAUCACGAUGCCAAAGAAAUAUUCGGGAUCUCGUUUAUUUCCUCAUUGAUGUUUUAUUUUUUUAGCGGGUUGGGGGGCUGCUUUAUCGGCUCGUAUUCCCUCAGCAGUCAGUCACCAAACCCCACCUCGCAUGUCUCGAUCAGCGAUUCCUGGACUUAAAAUCGGCCGCCAUAGUGUAAAAGUCGCUAUACUGCCGCCGCAUUCGUAGCCCCCUCGGGUGUUUAGUUUGGUCUCCUUUACACUUCGAUCAUGCCCUGCCUAUAUCUCGUUUUGUCUCUUAAAGGCAACCCUCGAAGGGGGAGUACCGUCAUAGUGGAAUUCUGAAUUUCAACUCAAAUCUUCGAAAACAGUGUUUAUCAUGGCGAGGUCCCCGUAAAGGCGAGAGUUUUUUCAUAACAUUUUUAACGCUGAUACUUUCUUUCAGGAAAAAGCUGACUCAGAAACUAGCGGAAACCGAAGAAGCGCUCUCCACCGCCUCGCAAAAAGCUAGCAAUGCUGAGAAAGCCAAGAACAGACUUAAUUCAGAGUUGGAGGAUGCCCUUAUCGACCUGGAGAAGGUUAGUUGAGUCAUGGCAACGGAAGUACCAGGCGCAGCCAUUGACGUUUUCUCCAUAAAAUAACUGUUCGAAAGAGCAAAAUUAAUAUCGGCCAACUGAAAAUUUCUGAAUCUCGAGAAAGGCUCAAAAUUUCUGGAUAACCGUUCCAUUCGACUAAGAUAUUCAGAGUUUUUAGGUCGGCUCCAAAUUGACCACACGGGCUUCCAAAGUAUAGGGAAUAAUAUUUGAGACACUUCUGACGUAGUUUAAAUCAUUUGGUCGUUGGGUGCCCCUGAAUUGCCAAACGUGAAAUCCAGGUGUUUAGGGCUAAGCUCUUAAUGGCCGAAGUCAGAGUAGUUGAAAGACAAGGGUACAUGGUGGAAUGUUAGCGGACGAGAAACUCAGAGAGGGAGAAUUUAGAAUCAAGGACAAGUUGCUGAUUGGAACCCAGCAAGAAAAGAGUGAUGUAUUUCAACCUCAGAUACCUUAUUGUCGGACGCCGGUGCGUCGUACCAAAGGCGCCGUAAUGAGAAGUUCUUCGCGGGGAAAGAGAGGCAAAUUGUACUCAGUUCUGAUGAGGUGUUAUCGAAAUGUAGCUGUAAAACGACGUUGUUCUAAAGAGAAAAUCCUUGAAGCCUUUAUACCAUCACAGUUUCAUUUAAUGUAAUUAAAACCGAAAUGUCUUGAUCUUUGAAUAUCUUUCUAACAAGUUUUUUUUUUGUUUUCUGUCGGUAGGCUCAGACAAACAGCGCCAACCUCGAGAAGAAACAAAAGAAGUUCGAUCAACAAAUAAACGAGUGGAAGAUAAGGUGUGACGAGCUGCAAACUGAGGUGGACAGUGCACAGAAAGAAGCUCGCAACUAUUCCACUGAGGUUAGUCGUAUUUUCUGUCAGUCAUAACUCAUUCAAGCGGUUUUUAUACAUUAUCGAAAGACGCUUUACGAUUGGCUGAAAAAUCUCAGGUGACAUUCAUGACCAGUCAGAAGUAGUACUAUAACCAGUCCAAUUCUUAGUUUCAUGCCUGUAGUUGCUUUGAAUUUUGAUUGGUUCAUCAGAUUUUCAGCGCCUGUUCCGAAAUAGUAGAGAGAUUUAAAAUCACGUUUAGGGCAAACGCGAACGGCAAUUGUGCCACGUGAUAAUUUUUUUUUAUAAGAAAUAAGUGGUUUUAUGUAGGGUUGAUCCAUAAGAAUUACUAUGCACAGUUUUUAUCUGCUUAUUUCUUAGAACAAAAUUACAGAAUUUGUCAACUGAAAUCUGUUAAAUCUAUCCGUUUGCCGUAGACUUGACUCUUGAACUCUCUAAUAACCUAUUUUUGAUUUACGACACUCCAUUUAAGCCACUCUCACCAAUACUAGGAAAUUGCUGUAUUAAUUUUCUUUACACACAGUUCUGGGACCGUUAGAAACUCUGUGCUCUAGCAGCGCUCGGUGGCCUGUAGUACCUAACUUUUGCUUUCGGAUGACUAGAAAAUCUUAGUUUUAUCAUACAAAUCAUAUGCUGGGCACCCUAGAUUUUAUAGGAUCAGAGCAGUGGGCUCCCUUCAAUUUUCCUUAGAGCACAGCCUUGUGACUUAGGUCUUAAAAGCUGAUGUCAGGUUUUGUUUGGUUAUAGAUGUACAAACUGAAGGGUCUGAAUGAAGAGAUGAGUGAGCAGAUUGAAGCGAUGAAACGAGAAAAGAAGAGUCUCGAAGGUUUGAUAUUUGUAAAUUGAUACCGCUAAAUCAGAGAAUGCACAAUGCCUUUGUGUAAAAGCCUACAGAAAGCUUUCUUAGUGCGACUUUGUAAAAUUGCAUGCUAAUCUUGUGUUUUGAUCUUUGUGUACCAGCCGAGGUUGCUGAGUUGGCGGAUCAGCUUGGAGAGGGCGGCAAGUCAUUUGUGGAGACUGAGAAGGCAAAAAAGAGACUGGAGAUGGAGAAAGACGAACUGCAAAGCGCGUUGGAGGUACAGUCAUACAUUAUGCUCGUAACCUUUCAGUACUUGAUUGGGGCGCCACCCCCGUGUACAAUGGAACGCAGUGUUAAGGACACUUCCUUUUGUUUUACAGGAAGUAGAAGCUGCUCUUGAAGCCGAAGAAUCUAAAGUCACACGUGUGCAACUUGAACUCACUCAGUACAAACAGGAGGCUGAGAAGAGACUGGCCGACAAAGACGAGGAAUUAGAGAACCUAAGGUAUCUCCCGUAAAUUUAGCAGUUAGUUUUAACCAUUUUUGUUGGAUAGGCUGUCUCCCACAAGUGGAGCGAAUUCUGUGUGUUCUGAUUGGUUACCCGAGCGGGUAAGAAAAGAGGUCUGCGUAGCAGGCGCCUGAUAGAUUUGGUAAGUUUUUAUAGAGCGCGCAAGGGUAACAAGCGCGCGCGCGUCAUCGAAAUUCUCACUUCACCCUAAGAAAAUCGACGCCUGCAAGAAAGGCCAAUAUCCAGCCGUCUUGACCUCACGCGGUUAUACAAGAAAUUCCUUUUCCUUUUCUUUUAUAGAAAGAACCACAGUCGUCAAUUGGAGAGUUUGCAGGCGUCUCUGGAAACCGAAGUCAAAGCAAAGAGCGACUUGGUAAUUACUAGCCGUUUUAUUUACUCUGCCAUAUUCUAUUCCCUCUCAGGUGAAGAAUUUUCAUCAAAUAUCUUUUGCUAGCUUUUUAAUAGACUUUAUCUUUAUCUCGGGUUUUACACGCGAGGACAGUAAUUUGGAUCUUGCUUUUCCUGCUUUCAGGUGCGUGCGAAGAAAAACUUGGAAGCAGCCAACAACGAGCUGGAAGUUAAUCUGGACAACGCUCUCAAGGUAACCACGUCUUUGAAUCAUUUUCUUGUUCAUUUUUUUUUUCUCCGUACAGUUUUUGUUUUUGUCUUUGUAAUCAUGAGAAUUUGUUUUAUUCCUUUAAGCACUAAGCUCAAAAUACAAUUUCUCCAGACUGGCUUUCAUACAUUUUUCGAAAAAAUGGUUGAGAGAACUAGUUAAAAGAUCAAAGCAUAUUAAUUUUCCUCUAGUGAUCAUUUUAUUAUUUCUCAUUACCUUUCUAAUUGAUUAUUUACUGAUUAUUAUUUGGAGAAAAUUAAUAUUGGUCACUUUAGGAACUGAAAGAGUUAAUGCGUUAUUAUUGGUUUUGUCGUUAAUCAGGCCAACGGAGAGUUCCAGAAAAACGUAAAGAAGCUGCAACAACAAGUGAAGGUGAGUUACUCGCAGAUCUUGCCUGAUAAUGGCCUACAACUCUUACAGCAUUUCCUAAGUGUAUAGCUAAGGUGAAGUACAAAUCUGUGGCAAAGUUUCAGUGGAGGUGAAAAUUGGUCAUAACGAAAACUGUAGGAUUGAUGAUUCUCAUAAUUCCACUCUCAUAAGCUCAGGGUUGCAACGAGCUACUCGCUCCACCGUGCAUAACACGGUAUUUUUAUGAUGACGGUUGUUACUGAAAUCAGUGUUUCUCAACAGUUAUUAAUUACCACCUGGAAAUCGUUCAUCCUAGGGGAUAUGCAUGGAACAGAGUAGCAUAGCUUGUGUCCUUGUUGUCCGGCUGAAAUGACUGUUUUAUGAAGGAACAGCACUGGCUCAAUUCUUUUAUCCGAACUCAGUUUUACCUUUGCCUUUUGCCCUUAAUAUUAGGUGCGGUUACACUAGAGCAUAAACCAAAGCUUUCCUUGUGGAAAUAGCCUCGGUUGGGUUAACUCUGGUUAUUUAUCACUUUCAUGUUUGGGGUUACACUGUGAUAAAUUGCCCGAGGGAAAUUUCCUCAAGGCAGUUUCACUUAACGAAAAUCGGUUACACACAAAAUAAUAGUUUCUUCCCCGUGGCAAGAGCCUGUGCGCUUACCACUUGUAUGGAAAUCUCGGUGAAAAAUUUCCGUGAAAUGGUACUGGUAUGUUUUUUGGCACCGAAAACCGGAACAGGAUUGAGUUGUACCAUUCACAAAAUACCGGAAAGAAUUUUUCGCUUUCUUUCGACAUGAAGCCUGGCACUAGUAAUCCAAACAAAUGGUACAGAAAAUUUCCGUCGUUUCGGGAAAGCGGGAAAAAGGUAAUACCUCGAAAGGUAUCACUUUUUUUCCGGAAAAUUUAUAUCUGGAUGAACCGUUCCAUUUGAAUUCUACCCGGAGCUAUUUUUAAUCCUUGGUCUCCUUCACCCUGUCAUCUUUAUUUAGGAUCUGCAAUUAAUGUUGGAAGAAGAACAGCGUGGCCGAGAUGAAGCCCGAGAAGCCGCGUCCAAAGCUGAGCGACGCGUUGGUGAAAUCAACUCUGAGCUGGAAGAUUUGCGCGGCCAAUUAGAGCAGGUAUAAUGGUCUUAUUUUCCACUGGUGGUACUUGCUUCCCUCUCCGCUAAAGUUGUAGAUAACAGGUUUCUUUAAACUCUUUCUAGCAGGCCUAGUUUAAAUGUCGAUUUUUUCCAUUUACCGAACCUAUUCCCUUCAAAAAGGUACAUGAAAAACAUCGACGUGUGAAUCAAUUAACUCCGACAUAGCUAAUUUGGGUCGACUCAUGUAUAAGUUCGAGUGCCCCACAUGGGAAUUUCGACUGUGGAGCGUUUCAAACGUCGAUAUGUUGACGUGCCGAACCUAAUGCAUAAAUUACUAUAAUCAUUCUAUUUUCACUGGUAAGCAUUUUAGACCAUUGUACAUCGUGAAAUAUACGUCUUAAUCAACCGUCGAAUUUGUUUCAUUUGGGUAGACCCAAAUAGUUAUUUAGUUCGGCACAUGAAACGUUCGGCCUCGGCGUUUAAACUGGACCCCAUAAGAUUAGAAAGGUAGCCGAAAUUAAAGGUAAUGUAGAUUUCAUGCGUUAAAUCAUUCAUGAAAAAAAUGUGUCGUGUGAUCGUACUGCCGAGGACCUUGCCUUUGAAUGGUCAAGAUAAUGAAGAUUUCAUCCAGCCCGAUUAAAACGUUAAAUUUGCUCAGCAUGUCCCCUAGUUGAUUCUGGAAAAAGCGCGUUAACAGUAUGCUAAACAUGAGGCGUUUUUGUUUUUUGAAAGGCCGAGCGUCUCCGUCGACAAGCUGAACAGGAGCGUCAAGAGGCGGUCGAAAACUUGUCGGCGGCUCAAAACCAAGCGAAUACUCUUUCUCAAGCCAAACGCAAGCUGGAGGGAACCAUCGCCCACAUGCAAGAAGAAGCAGAAGACCUGGAAAAUGAAGCCAAGAACGCUGAUGAUAGAGCCAAGAAGGCUGCUAUAGAGGUUAGAGCCUUUCAAAUUUCCAGAAAAAAAUUAAACGAUGUAACCCGAAAAACAGAGCCAAAAACAUGUGUGGUUAUACUUUAUUCGCAGAAACUACGCGGCCGGGAUACGUGGGAAUUACCACGAAUCUUUAGAUUAUUUUGACAACCCCAAAAAAUCCCUACUAAAAUAACGCCAUCCGAAAAAAAUACUUGCCAAAUAUUCCUACCCAAAAAGUAUUUGGGAAUCAAAAUUUUCAAACCCAAAAAUAUCCUUUGACCAUCGCCGUCACUUGAGUAGGAGUACCCCCCCGGUAUGUUUUCUGUAUAUUUUUAAUGGACUAAAAGCCCAACAAUUUUUUAUUUUCCAGCUGGCCCGUGUACAACAAGAACUGUCACAGACCUUGGAUCGUUUGUCCAAUUCAGAGAGAGGGCGCCAAUCAGCCGAGCGCCAAUGUAAAGAUCUAGAAGUAAAACUUGAAGAACUCGAGGCUCAAGGCGGCAAAGCUCUAAAGAAUCAAAUCAAGAAAUUAGAACAAAGGGUAAGCAUUUGAAAACAAAAACUUAGGUUCUGGUAAUAUAUUAUUACAUUCAACUCUGUCUAUGACAGAUACCAUUGAGCUAGAGCCGACGAGCACUGCAUUUACGUCUGAGAGAGUAGUCCACCAUAAAUUAUAGGGAGAUAAAAAAAAAAAGGGAAUGAAGAAAGGCAGGGAUCUGUAUGGACUGAAUACAUGAAAAGGAUAUUUAUAUUAUCCGGUCACGCAUUAUCGCAAUACAUAACCAAGUGUGAAAACAUAAUUUUAGCAUUUGACCACGGGUCGGGGGGGACUAGCUCAAUAAGCGGAACGCUUGACUGCGGAGAGGCAGGGCGCGGGUUCCAUCCCGAAGCUGCGGGAGCACUAGCUCAAUCGGCGGAACACUUCGCUUGGCUGCAGAGAGGCAGACGGUCCCCAAUACGUUCUUCUGGAUGCGGGAUUUCCCUUGUGUGGAGCUCGGGAUGCGGGAUUCGCCCGAUUUCUAGGCCGGGAUUCAAGAUUUUAAAGCCAAAUUGGGGCGAGAUUCGGGAUUGAAGAAUGCCCAAAAUAACUACUGAGAUUACGGGAUUGAGGGAAAAUUUGGGGACCCUCGAGGAAGGCCGAGGGUUCAAUCCAGAGGCAGGACCACUUCUCAGAGUCUUAAAAUAACUAGAAAGUGAAGUUACUGUCUUUUACCAGCGAACGGUUAAACCUUCACGUUGCUCGGAUGAGCACGUAAACUGGCGGGCUGUCCCGUCUCCAGCUGGAGACGUUAACGUAGUGUCCUCAAUUAGUACUUUGGUGCUAAAUACAUUGACACUCAAAUAAAGUGUGUUGUUUUCACACCAGGUCAGGGAAUUGGAAGUAGACCUUGACAAUGAAACAAGACGAGCUGGAGAAAACCAAAAGAAUUACAAGAAACAGGAGAGGCGUCUGAAGGAUGUCCUCCAACAACAAGAAGAAGAUCAGAAGAAUCUUCAGCACUUCAAAGACCAGAUCGACCGCCUCAACAAGAAGGUCAAGAGCACGAAGGCCAACCAGGAAGAAGCGGUAAGAUUUCGGUUCUGCUCUUUCCACUUCCGGUGUGGUGUUCUGAUGCAUCGCUUUUUAUUUCCGGUGUCGUUUUUGCCGUUUCACUGCCAAAAAUAAUCAAGGUCAAAAAAGGACAAAAAUUUCAAGUUCUGUUUUGUAAAAUACUGAAAACAAAUAGUACCAUAUGAAAGUGCUAGUGCCGAGAAGGUUUCAUUUGAUUGGUAACACCUCAGAAGUUCGUCCACAGAUUUAGUCUCUUCCAGGCUCUCAGAUUGUUGGGAUGACGCAUAAGUGAAAGAAACGCGAAAAGGGGACGGUUCCUCCCUUUUUAUUUUCAUGUUCGCGCUUUCUCAAUUUCGCGGACCCGACUAUCUCGGAGCCUGGAACAGGCUACCACAGAUUCGAAAGCCAGAACUCCAUACUGAAUAAAUAGUACCAUGUGAACAUACUGUUAAAGAGGUUUUAUUUGAAUGUUCUCACCCCAGGAAAUCCUCCACAGACUCAAAAGUUAGAAUAACCUUACAAAACUUCCAUCACUGAUUCUCUCAGGUAGUGAAAAGGUUAAGAAUAGUCUGAAGUGCCUGAAGUAACAAGCUAAGUCACUAGCGAAAGAAAAAAAAAACACCCGAAACGGUUUUAUUUGAAUUUGAGUGCCGGUCUCCUGGAUAUGCAACAUGAAAUCUCCUGGUCUCCCGUACUGGUCAGCAAAUCUCCCGGACAAAACUUGAGUUUUAAGCAUUUAUUUUCUUUUUCUGAUUUAGUUGGAAUCACUCCCAUAUUUAAUUUUGUAUCAUAGUACGGUUUCUGUGGCACUUCUUAUACGUUUCAUCAUUGACAAGACCAUCUCGUCAAAAACGCGAAUUUCGACAGUUUGCACCUCAUGUAACACUUCGUAUAAUGUCCACAUAUGUCUUGCCGAUGAAAGAAUUCUCAGAGAGAAGUUUAACAAUAGGGGAUAUGAGUGCAAAAGUCUCACGUAUCUUUCUCAUGUUUACCUUUCAGGAGAACCUAGCCGCCCAGUAUCUCGCCAAAGUGCGUAAAUUGCAGAAAGACCUGGAGGACGCUGAGGAUCGUGCAGAAACCGCUGAGAGCGCCCUGAGCAAGGCCCGCAGUCGCGCCCGUGCUGGCGGUGGAUCCGCAAUCGGCAGGCAGACUUCUCGAGAGGUCUCUAGGCCUUUAAGUUCUUCUUCGCACCUUAACUAUCAUUCUUAUCCAUCCUCGUUACAUUUACUAUCGUCUCCAUCAUCGAACAGACUCAACAGACUGACCGACAAAUACUCGAGUUUUUAUUAA